AUGACAGUACUACCCACUCGCCCACUCGGAAGAAAUGGUCCGCAGGUCAACGCCCUCGGACUUGGUCUCAUGGGAUUGAGUGCGUUCUACGGAAAGGUGGACUCAGAUGAGGAGCGUUUUAAAGUUCUCGACCGCGCUUAUGAGCUUGGCGAGAGAUUCUGGGAUACCUCUGACUUCUAUGGAGAUAACGAGGAGCUUAUUGGAAAAUGGUUCAAGAGGACUGGUAAGAGAAAGGACAUCUUUCUCGCUACCAAGUUUGCGGCAACGACGAAUACAGGGGGGAAAGGUGUAAACAUAAUCGUGAGAGGCGACAAAGAAUAUGUGCAUGAGGCAUACCAAAAGUCAAUCGCCAGUGUUGGCAUGAGUAGCACUAACAGCGUAGGUGAAUACUAUAGAGUGGACAGAAAUGUCCCCAUCGAGGAAACAAUGGAAGCCCUGGCAGAGCUCGUAAAAGCUGGCAAGAUUGGACACAUUGGUAUCUCAGAAUGUAGCGCUGCCACUCUUCGGCGUGCACACGCUGUCCAUCCUAUCGCUGCCCUACAAGUCGAAUAUUCCCCCUUCACCCUCGACAUUGAGAAUUCCACCAUCAACCUCCUAAGUACCUGCCGCGAGCUUGGUAUCACAACAGUUGCGUACAGUCCGCUUGGUCGUGGAAUGGUAACAGGGGCUUACAAGAGUCCCGACGAUUUCGAAGAAGGUGACUUCAGGAGGGGCCUGCCGAGAUACUCUAAGGAGAACUUCCCGAAGAACUUGGAGCUGGUGGAGAAGUUGAGACAGAUAGCCGACAAAAAGAAGUGCACUCCCGGACAAUUGACGUUGGCAUGGUUGAUGGCCCAAGGGGAAGAUAUUAUUCCGAUUCCGGGAACUAAAAAAAUCAAAUACCUGGAAGAGAACGUUGGCGCAUUGGAUGUUGAGUUGACUGCUGAGGAGGUUAAGGAAAUUCGUGAAGCCACCGAAGCUGCUGAGCCAGCUGGCGAGAGAUACAUGGCUGGGAUUGCCCACACUUUAUACGCAGAUACCCCGGAAAGGAAGUAG